UUAGUGCAAGCUCACGGAAACAGGAAAACAAAGGACUGCUCAGCUGCGGUAGUGUAUAAUUAGUUGAUUUCAGGAUUUGUUAGAUACUGUGUUGAACUAGCUAACUAUUGUUGUUAAGACGAAGCUUUUUUCCGUGCUAUAUAUGGUACAUUUCUGUUGUACUUAUGGAUUUGUAUGGAGGCAUAUGUUGCCUAAUGCAGAUUGUUUGUCCCGCAUACAAAUCGGUCAUCUCUUCUUCUUUUGCACUUUUGAGUUCAGCUAUCCCUCGAGAUGGCAGAUAAGAACUUUCUGUUGUUCUUGUUCAUAACACUCUGUACGGUCAUUACAUGUGAUGGGAGUGUAUCCUUAUCUGCUCCAGCCACUGUAAAUCUGGAGGAGAAAAGUUCAGCCAAUAUCACCAUAACGCCUAGCUCUCCUCAGAAUGUCUCAACACUCAUUAUUUUUAACUUCACCGACUCCUCUGCAAAUGUUACCUCAAUACUUCAACUGCCUCAACAGGUAGAGUUGCCUGCAAACGCCACAUCAAGCACUUUUGAGGUUCAUGCAGAACAUGUGGGUCAGGUGACAGCCUAUUUAUACAGCAACAACACUGACAUUGCAAGCCCCAAGACCCGAAUCCGUUUCUUGGUUAUUAGAAGCAACACUGUUGAUAUCAUUAACCAAGUAAUUGGUUGGAUUUACUUCCUAGCAUGGUCUAUAUCAUUCUACCCUCAAGUAUAUGAGAACUGGAGAAGAAAAAGUGUGGUGGGGCUGAACUUUGAUUUUCUGGCACUCAACUUGACAGGAUUCAUUGCCUACAGUGUCUUCAAUGUAGGCCUCUUCUGGGUUCCGUACAUGAAGGAAGAGUUUUUGAAGAUAAAUCCAAAUGGUGUAAACCCAGUGGAUGCCAACGAUGUGUUCUUCAGUCUCCAUGCAGUUGUGCUGACUCUUGUAUAUGUCUCUCAGUGUGCCAUCUAUGAAAGAGGAGGGCAGAUGGUGUCCAAGAUUGCUAUUGGCCUUCUGGUGAUUGGUUGGACGUUUGCCCUGGUUACCCUCUUUGUUGCUGUGGCCAGUAAGAUCACCUGGCUGGAAUAUCUCUACUAUUUUUCUUACAUCAAGCUAGGUGUCACCCUCGUCAAAUACAUCCCACAGGUCUACAUGAACUACCAAAGACAAAGCACAGAGGGGUGGAGCAUUGGCAAUGUGUUGCUGGACUUCACAGGAGGCAGCUUCAGUCUCAUUCAGAUGUUCCUUCAGUCGUAUAACAACGAUGAAUGGAAGCUCAUCUUUGGGGACCCCACAAAGGCAGGACUUGGCUUGUUUUCCAUAUUAUUUGAUGUGGUGUUCAUCAUUCAGCAUUACUGUCUGUACAGACAUAAAACACAUUAUGAGCUUGUGGUUGACCAGGAAUAGGCUAAUUGUCUUUUACUGUUUACCUCUGCCAAUGAGUCCAAAUGAUUUACUGAAGGACUAAUAUAAGGGCUUUCUUCUAUGUAGUGUUCCCAGUCAUUGAAUGGGAAGCUAUUUAGACACAGGGGGGCCAUACUUCCUCGUCUCAAAAUGCGUCAGCCAAUUAAAAUAUUUGGUGUAGUUGCACGUGAUCAAACACUAUUGGUACUUUCAAGACAACUGGGAAUUCUGGGGGUUGGGGGGAUGAGUGGAUGGACAAUCAUCGCAAAUUGAAUAUGGGGCUUUUCAAGCCCUGGAGUGAAUAUAAUUGUAAACUCGAUCAAAAGCGAGGGCAGAAGGGCUUACGUUGCUAACUUCCCUUGCUUAGUUAAUCAUUUGGACCGACGACAAAGGAGGCUGCCGUGAUUCCCCCAAUUUAGAUAAAGGUUACAAUUUAUUUUUAUUUUUACGUGCAUAAGUGGUGGAGGGUGUUUAUUUUAUGGGUUUAAAAUGCAACAUUAGCCUUUUGCUAACUUGCAUAGCUGGCCCGUGAUCAUAUCUGGUUCAAAUGCUGUAUCGAUCAAUUAAAAUCGUUGACGUAGUUGGACCUUAUCCAACACGUUAUGAUGAAAGUGUCCUUAACAAAAGUCCAAAGACACGUUCUGAUAAUCAAAGCAACUAGAUCACGUGUGUUUGGCUGACUGGUCAAACACACGUGCUAACUCCACGUAAUUGUUGCAGAUUGUGGCAAGGGUUGGAAUCUCAUGAGUUUAUUUUCCCCCUUUUGAAAUUUAGAAUUACUUUUUGUGUCAGUGUGUUGAAGUGUAGCCAAAACCAUGUGAAUGAAGAUUACGCAUACAUUUAAUGAAGAGCGUCUUGUUGGAGUCCCUCUUGCAGACCGACACAGGCUACUGGCACUGCUACAUAAAUAAUCGUCACUUCUAUAAACUAUAUUACAUAGAUGUUAGUGCUGUGCGAUUUUAACCGGCAUCGGUUCAAUUAUUUGAAUUCUAUUUCUUUCCGUUUUAUUUCUGUGAACUAGAUGUAACGUUUCUAUACAGAUAUAUUAGAUCAUGCAUUUCCAACAGUCCAAUAUUCUACAUAGUUUAGUGCAGAAAACGUGGUGAUUAAUUACAAUGAGAAUAAUCCAUUGCGUGCCAGUUUAAAUUUGUCUGGUCUGUCCUGAGCAAGGCAAUGGGGUGCGUUCGUAAAUUCAUUUUCGCUAUCUACACUGAUUUCAGAGCACUCUCGUUUGAGUGUGCCAGAGUGCAGAAUAACUGAUAUAAUUUACGAAUGCGCGCAACACCCGUAGAAAUUGAAAGGUGUCAGUAAAGGUUGGGGGGAAAAACGCAAAUAAAUUGUUGCUAGCAGCACAGUUAGUCACUAAUGCUCUAGAUAACGUGACAACAGCCUAACUAGCUCUGCUAGGGCAAGUAAAAUGGUCACAGUGAGGUGUUGUCUCAUUUGUGUGUGGAAGUAGCUAGCCAACUUUAGCCAGUUAGCUUUGGCACUUAACUGCCGUUGUGAGGUCAGAACGCUCAGAUCGACCCUACUCCUCGGCCAGAGGGUCCAGUGUGCGACCUGAACGCUCCGAGAGUGAAACGCUCUGAAUUUACUUAAGUGAUAAUGCCAGAGAAGCCGGUGUUUUGAAGAUGUAUUGGCACAGGUGUUUCGUCUUGGGCCUGCAAACCGUGCCAUUAUAUCCUCCGAACUCCGGGUUCGAGGGCAUUAUCACUUUUAUACAUCGGGUUACCAACUUAUUCGAGUAAUGAUUGAUAUAUUUUCAUUAAUGUUAUUUUGCUAAACGUAUUCAUAUUAUUUCAUCCUUCCGCAAGAUAUAGUCCAGACACAAAUCUAAGGUUGCUACCCAAGCCGGCUGGUCAUUUCUUCUAUGAGACACAGUCGUUCAAUUAUUUUUUUCCCCCGAAUCUAUGGACAUGACCCAGUCGUUCGUUCUAAAUGUGCCAUAACCAUACUGGCUGGCAAAAUUCGUAUCCCUUGCCUGCUCUAGCUAGCCAUAGUUGGCUAACUCACAGUCACGUCAAACAGUGCUGCCAGAAUAACAACAGUAGCUGCAUUUGCUUUUGUUUAAGCUGUUUUCUAGUGAUGACAUGUAUUUAGACAUCCAUAACAAUGAGCUAAUGAGGUGUGAUUUCGCAUAGCAUAGAAAAUGUGCUCUCCCAUCAGGACAGAGGUUCAGAGCUUCAAUGCCAUACAACACUCCUUCCGUGGCCUCCAACUGCUCUUAACCGCUAGUAAAACCAAAUGCAUGCUUUUCAACCGUUCGCUGCCUGCACCCGCACGCCGACUAGCAUCACCACCCUGGAUGGUUCCGACCUAGAAUAUGUGGACAUCUAUAAGUACCUAGGUGUCUGGUUAGACUGUAAACUCUCCUUCCAGACUCAUAUCAAACAUCUCCAAUCUAAAAUCAAAUCUAGAGUCGGCUUUCUAUUCCGCAACAAAGCCUCCUUCACUCACGCCGCCAAACUUACCCUAGUAAAACUGACUAUCCUACCGAUCCUCAACUUCGGCAAUGUCAUCUACAAAAUAGCUUCCAAUACUCUACUCAGCAAACUGGAUGCAGUUUAUCACAGUGCCAUCCGUUUUGUUACUAAAGCACCUUAUACCACCCACCACUGCGACCUGUAUGCUCUAGUCGGCUGGCCCUUGCUACAUAUUCGUCGCCAGACCCACUGGCUCCAGGUCAUCUACAAGUCCAUGCUAGGUAAAGCUCCACCUUAUCUCAGUUCACUGGUCACGAUGGCAACACCCACCCGUAGCACGCGCUCCAGCAGGUGUAUCUCACUGAUCAUCCCUAAAGCCAACACCUCAUUUGGCCGCCUUUCCUUCCAGUUCUCUGCUGCCUGUGACUGGAACGAAUUGCAAAAAUUGCUGAAGUUGGGAGUCUUUUAUCUCCCUCACCAACUUCAAACAUCUGCUAUCUGAGCAGCUAACCGAUUCCUGCAAGCUGUACAUAGUCCAUCAGUAAAUAGCCCACCCAAUUUACCCACCUGAUCCCCAUACUGUUUAUAUUUAUUUACUUUUCUGCUCUUUUGCACACCAGUAUCUCUACCUGCACAUGACCAUCUGAACAUUUAUCACUCCAGUGUUAAUCUGCAAAAUUGUAAUUAUUUGCCUACCUCCUCAUUCCUUUUGCACACAAUGUAUAUAGACAAUUUUUUUCUUUCUACUGUUAUUAACUUGUUUAUUGUUUACUCCAUGUGUAACUGUGUUGUUGUCUGUUCACACUGCUAUGCUUUAUCUUGGCCAGGUCGCAGUUGUAAAUGAGAACUUGUUCUCAACUAGCCUACCUGGUUAAAUAAAGGUGAAAUAAAAAUAAAUAAAGAGGAGCUAGCCAACCACACAGCUAACACAAUCAUUUCAAACUGAAGCUGGAAAGACUGCAAAGUGGCUGCAGUUUGUUUCAUUUGACCUUUUUCAAAUGGAUAUUUCUUUGUAUAUAUCCAUAAAAAUUAUGCUAGCUGAUUCAGGAUUUCGACUGAAUGAGAAACACUACCUGCCUGUCUGUCUCGUCCCGACAUCUCCACUGUUGAUAACUAAAUGUUAGUCUAAAAAAAAGAGAUAUUGCCUAGAUUAUUUUUUAUAGUGGAGAUAAAGUUUAUAAAUUGCCUGGCUGGGCUGAUGAGAGUGGAUUGCGCAGCCAGAUGGAACAGGGUAAAUAGGCAUUUUAAUGUCAUAUCUCGCUGGUGGCAACUUGCGGAAUAGACACCGACUGGAAUGCGGUUUUAACCAAUCAACAUUCAGGAUUAGACCUGCCCGUUGUAUAAUAACCUGACAACGCUCUGAAUUUACGAACGACCCAGAGCGCACUCUGACACUGGAGGCAAUAUAAGAACACAUACAUGGAGAGAAGUGAGAACGUGCAUUCCAGAGGGAUAGAAAGCAGUUGCUUCGCCAGCCUGAAAUGUGAUUUAUAGUUGGUAUUCAGCAGUCAUAAAAGUACACCUUAUUUACUUUGAAGAACUACACCUUAUUUACUUUGAAGAACUACUGAGAUAGUGAUUUUGUCAGACACCAUAGACAGUAGCUCUUUAUGAGGUGACUUUGAAUUAAAUAAUAGUUAUCAAAUAAAACACAUUUGAUGAAAGUAAUGUUGUGAUGGGCAGUCACUGCCACCAUGGGACUUGUAUUAAUUGUUUUAUUCUGUUACAGAAUUCAACCCACAUAAUGCAUUUAAUGUAUACAAAAACAAUGUGGAAACGCAAGUCGAAAAAGUGAUUAUUUUUCCAGAAUCAAACCCGAAACCGAACCGACCUAAAACUAAUAUGUGUGUAGGCUACACACAACGUUUUAUAUGCAUUAUUAUAAUAAUCCACUUCGUCAAAAAUGCAUUAUUUGAGUCUAGCAUUGAGGACCAGCAAUUAACAGUGUUUUUCUUAACAAAAAUGCAUGAUGCAAGGUGGGCUUGAACGCAUGGUUUAUGAGCACUGUCAUUUUAUCUUCAACAGUGUGUGCCACCAGGACCGAAUAAUGACGGUACAUGACAGCUAUUUGACCAAGUCCAUAAGGAUUUUCAACUUUUUAAACAAUAUGAUACACUUUAAAUAUUGUAUAGACCUCUUAUUUUUUUCCUGUAAAAGCACAUUGAUGUGUGUGGAAUGGAUGUGCGAAAACUUGGGAUUUUGUCAUAUGUGAAAACGUGCCUUUUGCAAUCAUGCAAAAUUGGGGCACUAUACUUGAAACAUACCAAGCAGAAUUUGUAGGUUUAAAAUAUCCUUCCUUGUGGCCAUUUUUACCUAUUUUAAGAAAUGCCAUUGGUUGGUAACGUUGAUACAGGAAAUAAUCACUGCCACCUGCUCAGGUUAGCAUAGGGCUAAAUGUGUCAGGCUAUGUAAUGGGAACAGCAAACGUGUGGCGUUUGAUCACGUGAAACUACAUCAACGACUUUAAUUCGCCAAUGCACAUUUUGAGAAACUUACUUUUUAAGCAAAGGCCCGUUUUUAAACUUUUUCUGUAUGACUCCAGGGCCUUUGCUUAAACAACUUUCAAAUGAUUGUAGGAUAAUAGGGAUUUCAUUGUGUUCCAUAAAUUGUGAGUAAAUUAUGGUUUAAUACCACUAAGGGAGGAACUUUUAUUUGUAUUUUUUUUACUGACUAGCAUAGGCCUUGAAUUUGCCAAUCUGUCAAAGCAAUGGCUCACUUUUUGAAAUACAAUACGACUAUUUUUAUUUAAUGUAAUUUUUUUUUCAAUAUUUGAAAGAUAAUUGCUAUUUUGAAAUAGACAGAAAACAUGAUGCUUUAUUGUCAAAUUAAUAAAAUAUUUUCAACUUAA